AUGGAAGAGACGUUGGACGACCUCUUCGGCGACUCGGGCGGCCUGGACCUGAGCUUGUCGGCGCCUGUGCCACCGAAGGCACUCCCUGCUCGCAUUGACGAGCUUCGGAUACUAGGAUGCUGCCAGAAAAUCGCCUGGUCCAGGACUGGCGCAAUCGCCUACAUCGCCCCAGACGGGUCAAAGGCAUUUCUACGGAAUCUCAACUGCAGUCCCGAGGAUGGCAAAUGGAGUCUGAGUGAUGGAGACCAUGAGCACCCCAUUACUGAAGCACAGACUGGCCAUACCCUGGUCCAUCUUGCGUGGAAUGAGCCUGGGACCGACCUGGCGGUUGUCGACUCCUGCGGUCGAAUAUCGAUCGUUGGAAUGUCGAUUGGCCUCAAUGUUCUGAUCCAGUCGCGUCCGCCAGCCUUGGACCCUGAUGACGAUGGGAACCAACCUGUUGGACUGAUGUGGCUUGCCUUGAACCGCUCCGUGCAUACAUUUAGCCACGCUGGCAGGGCAAGUGGUCGAUGGGCCUAUGUUAGAUACCCGCGCAGGCCAAUGGGACCAUUUCACCCUUUGCAUAAGCUUGCUUUAUUUGUCGUUACGAGAUCUGGCAAGUUGAAAUUGCUUUAUCAAAACCAAGAAUCUAAAUGGGGGGAUAUGGUGAUCGAGCUACAGAACACAGGUUAUACCGACGACGUUCUAACGCAUGCAUCUAUGACCCCGGUAGAUGGUAAGAUAUAUGCUCGAUAG